CAACAGCCAGUGGGAGUGAAAGAGGGCUGGUUUAGAAGAAGAGGAAUGGACACAGUCCUGAAAGAAGACAUUAUGGUGGAGGAAAAAGAAGGACGAGGACCAUCUGCUGGCGAUAGAAUGACGAAUAAGCAUUUGGGAAACCAGACAAGUGCAGCAUUGCAGAUGGACGAUGGAGUGGAAGCAGCAUUAAAAGACAACACAAAUCAACAAUGCGGCUGGUUUUCACGCAAUCUGCUCCUUGCCCUCACCGUGCUAGGUGUUAUCGCGGGCACAGUGCUGGGCAUGAUGCUGCGUUAUGUUCCUGAUCUGGACACAGACACUCUCACGCUGGUUUCCUUUCCGGGAGACAUCCUAAUGAGAAUGCUGAAGAUGCUCAUCCUGCCCCUCAUCAUCUCCAGUCUCAUCACAGGCCUGGCCGGUCUGGAUGCUCGCUCCAGUGGAAGAAUGGGCUCCAGAGCAAUGGUGUACUACAUGUCCACCACAGUAAUCGCUGCUGUUCUAGGGGUCAUCCUGGUGCUUGGAAUACACCCUGGGAACCCAAAACUCAGGUCCAGUCAGUCCAGCUCCGCCCCCAAGAACCAAGAAGUCAGCAGUAUGGAUGCCUUUCUGGAUCUGAUCCGAAACCUUUUCCCAGAGAACCUGGUCCAGGCCUGUUUUCAACAGGUUCAGACAGUGAUGAAAAAAGUAUCUGUCCCAGUCCAGAACCAAACAGAACCGAUCCUUGUCAAUAGGAAAACACUGGAACACAAGUGGGGAAUGAAUGUUUUAGGUUUGAUUGGAUUCUUCAUCACGUUUGGGAUCUGCAUGGGGAAAAUGGGAGAGAGGGGGAAGCUCAUGUGCGAUUUCUUCAACAUCCUUAAUGAGAUCAUCAUGAAGAUGGUGUCCAUGAUCAUGUGGUACUCUCCAGUAGGCAUUGCCUCCCUCAUCUGUGGGAAAAUUGCUGCUAUCGGUGACUUGGAAGUGGUGGCGAGGCAGCUAGGCAUGUACAUGGUCACAGUCAUAGUCGGUCUCAUUAUUCAUGGCGCGCUCAUCCUGCCAGUCAUAUUCUUCGCCGUGACUCGGAAAAACCCCUUCACGUUUUACUCUGGUAUCUUCCAGGCGUGGAUCACUGCUCUGGGAACGGCCAGCAGUGCUGGGACAUUGCCAGUGACGUUUCGUUGUCUGGAAGAGAAUCUAAAGAUUGACAAGCGUGUGACACGCUUUGUGCUGCCCAUUGGAGCCACCAUAAACAUGGAUGGCACUGCACUCUAUGAGGCUGUAGCAGCCAUUUUCAUCGCCCAGAUGAAUGACAUUUCUCUAGAUGGAGGACAGAUUGUUACUGUUAGUAUGACAGCGACUUUGGCCAGUGUGGGAGCCGCCAGUAUUCCCAGUGCGGGUCUGGUCACCAUGUUGCUAAUCUUGACCGCUGUGGGCCUUCCAACUCAAGACAUCAGCCUGCUCGUCGCUGUCGAUUGGCUACUCGACAGAAUGCGCACCUCCAUUAACGUCGUGGGUGACUCUUUCGGGGCAGGCAUUGUGGACCACCUAUCACGGGCAGAGCUUGCCGUGAUCGACGGGGACAUCCCUCUCUCAGACGAGGAGUUUGUCCCCCCUCCACCUCUCCUCACUGAAAUAGACCUCAUAGACCCUCUCAAACCACCCGAACUGCCCCCUCGCUCCCCGCGCCCCCCAAAGCUCAACCAUCACGCCCCGUCUCUGACCCCUUCACUGUCUCAAUCGCACUCUAUCCCACACUCGCCCCGUUCCGUCCGCUCCCCGUCACCCCACUCCAUUCGUUCGCCCUCCCCUCGCUCCGUGUGCUCUCACUCCCCGAGGCCUUUCCGAACGCAUUCCCCUCGUCUUUUAUGCAGGACGGAGCCUGGAUACUGCGCCCUGCCCACUCACGACAACCAGAUUACAACUCUUCCCAGAGGUUUUCGAGAGAGGAGCAGAAAUCGGGAAAGAGACAGAGAAAGAGAAAGAGAGAGACUGCAGGAACGGGAUAAAGGGAGCGAGACUGAGGAGGAUGAGGAGAAAGAAAGAAUGAUGGACGAGGUGAGCGACGGAGAAGAAAGCGACGACACAGCGUAUGACAGACGCCACACCAUCCCACCUUGUGACCUGCCCUGA